AUGGUGUUUUGUUACAAAAUUAUAACAGAGUCGCCGAGGCGAUCGCGUUGUGCAUCGCCCAAGAAGAUUUCGCCGAGGUCUUUUUCAAAUGUUCAGAGUUCAGUUUCCGAUCUCAUUGGUACCCUGGACUAUGAAACCUAUCGCAGUGAUAUUUGGACUUCGAUUCCUGAAAAGGACAUUAAAUUACUCCAAGCGUUAGCGCGAAAGAGAGAAGAGAGCGCGGAAAGGGAAAAACUGGCAGAGCACUUUCAGAAGAUGUGGCUAAAGGAAAAAGAAGAACGAGAAAUUGUAGAAGCUGAAACAACCGAACAAUAUAAACGAUAUUUACAUCAAAAACGUUGUCAAGAGAGAAGGUGGCAAGAGUUCAGAUCGUCUGAAAAGGCAGCAGAACAACAGGCGCGUAGAGGGAAAUUGCUCGAUUGUAUAAGUCGUAAAGAGCAGAAAAGUGCUCUAUUAAAAGCACAGAAGAAUGAUAAGCAGAUCAUGAAAAUGAUAGACAGGUCCAUGGAAGAAGAAGCGCGUUUACAACUCGCGGUGGAACGACGCGCGCGCAUCGAAACGGCUGAAACAUUGCGUCGACGUGCCGAACUCUACUAUGCUCAGAAAAAGGAGGAUGACGCAAGACAGAGGCGUCAUAAUAUACUACGUGAUACAGCUAAGCGUGUAACAAUAACCAACGCCCUAACAAGUUGGGAGACAGCACUUCAACGACAUGGACUUGCAACGGAAGAAGUCGCCCGUCGAACCAUAUACGCAGCGCAACACGCACGGAAGCGUGCACGAGGUGUGCGAGUGACGCGCGCUAUGGACAAACGGCGUGCGAGAGCGAGACAGAUAGCUGCAGCCACAGAGCUAAUGCGAGACGCGGUGAAGAAUAGCUAA